AGGACCCAUGGUAGGUGAGAAGUUCACCAUCGCACAGAGAGUUUGCCCCCAAUUACUUUUCUUUACAAUAGCUAGUUUCUUUCUCUUUUCUGUUUUCCUUUUGGUUUUGUGAGAGCUAGCUACUUAAUCAACCAGCUCCUACAAGUCUUCACUACCCAUCUAGUGUUUAUGUUGUUGAGUAUUUUUAGGAGAAGAAGAAAAGUUAGAUAGUUUUUUCAACCUAGUAAGUUUCGAAUUGAGUAAUUCAAGUAGUAUUCUUGAUCGAUCGAUCUCAUAUAAUUGUCUUUGUGAUAUAAGCAGAAGGCAGACAAGCCGGACAAAACCCUCAAAAGGAAAUUUGAGAGAUCGUCACAUCAUGACAGCAGAACCAAAGGAAGAGUUGCCACCAGGGCUCCGAUUUCAUCCUACAGAAGAAGAACUUAUCACCUAUCUCAUGAACAAGAUAAAUGAUGCCACUUUUACUGUAAGGGCGAUCGCCGAUGUUGAUAUCAACAAAUGCGAACCCUGGGAACUUCCUGCAAAAGCGAAAAUGGGAGAAAAUGAGUGUUACUUCUUCAGCCUAGGGGAUUGGAAGAACUCAACAACAUUGAUAACAAACACAGGUUACUGGAGGGCCACAGGGAGAGACAAGGUGAUCUACAACAGUGUCACAUCUAAGCGGGCUGGGAUGAGAAAGACCCGUGUUUUCUACAUUGGCCGAGUUCCUAAUGGCAAAAAAUCCAACUGGAUCAUGCAUGAAUAUCGCAUUGAUUCUAAAUCCGACUUUAGAACAUCCAAGCAGAAUGAAUGGGUGAUUUGCCGAGUCUUUCAGAAGGGUAAAGAUAUAAAUGAGUACCCAACAAACCAAUCAAGAGCAGCCAAUCCCCACAACCUAGAAAUAGGUCCGAGUAUGGUACCAUCACCCCUAAUGCAGCUAGGUGAUCCAAACCACCAUCAGUUCCCAUAUGGCAGAAAUUACAUGACAAGUACAGCCCUUGAAACCUCAUCUUCAUCUUCACCGUGCUCCUCCUCCUCAUCCUCCUCAUCCUCCUCAUCCUCCUCACCCUACGACGUAUUCUUGAGCUUUAAUGGUGAAGACACGCGCAAAACCUUCACGGACCACCUCUAUUGGACAAUGAAAGACGCCGGCAUUGACUUCUUUAUGGAGGAGAACGAAUCAAUAAGAAGAGGGGAAAAUAUGUCAGACAAAGUGAAGCAAAUAAUUGAAGGGUCUAGGGUUUCAGUCAUCGUCUUCUCAAGUAGGUACGCGGAUUCCAUCUGGUGUCUUGAGGAGCUGGUGCAUAUCGUGGAGUGCAGAAGAACACUGAAGCAAAUAGUUCUGCCAAUAUUCUACGAUCUGAGUCCUUCAGAUGCUAUGGGUACAUUUGCACUAGCAAUUCAGAAGCAUAGAGAGCACUUCAAUAAAGAUACAGAUAAAGAAGAAAAGAUACAGCGGUGGACAGAUGCUCUUACCGAAGGUGCAGAUUUGACAACCUGGGUUUUCAGAACGACUAAUGGGUAUGAAGGAAUGUUUAUCAGGGAAAUUAUUGAGGAGAUAACUAGACAAUUCAAGAGCCCGAUUCCAAUUGGAACAGCUUUUUCCGAGCUUCAAGGAAUAGAUUCUCCUCUGCAAUCUGGAAUAGAUUCUCUAUGGAGUGAAAAUUUAUUCCAGAUUGCAGAAAUGUCUCAAGCGUCACCAAAAAGAAAAAGAAUGCCAUCAGAUUCUCCCGACGAUACGUCGUGCGCGACUUGCGACUCGGGAUUGGUUUCCGACUCCGGCAAGUACCAGGGGUCCAAGAUAAGUCAAGAUCUUCUGCCUCCACUACAACCAUUUAGCAUGCAUUACAAUGCCGAAAUUUUACCGGUGUCAUCGAUUCAAGGUCAAUGGAAGAAGGGAAGAAUUAUUCGAUAUUGUACCUCAUGCGAUGUUUAUAUCGCGACCAACCGAAAGACCGGGGCAUUGUGCGAAAUGAAGGAAGUUGAUCUCAAUUAUGUUCUAGAUGCAGACCGUAUAAAGUAUUUGGAGCAGGAAAUUAAAAUACUCCGUACCCUGACGCAUCCGAAUAUAGUGCAGUACUACGGUAGCGAAGUAAUUGAUAAUCACUUGUGCUCAUAUUUGGAGUACGUUCCCGUAUCCAUUGAUGAAUAUGUCCAAAACCUCGUUGGAGGUAUGACGGAAUCUGUAGUCCGCAAUUUCACUGGCCACAUCCUCUCCGGGCUGGACUUUCUGCAUGGCAGGAAGAUGAUUCACAGGGAUAUAAGAGUUGCAAAUUUGCGUGUUGAUGCAUCAGGAGUUGUUAAACUUGCCAAUUUUGGGCUUGCAAAACAUCUCAAUGGGCAAUCAAACAUUCUUUCUUUCAAGCACAGUCCAAACUGGAUGGCUCCUGAGCUCAUAUGGAUGUCUAGGCAGAACAACGUGGAUCCAGAUUUGGAUUUGGCCGUUGAUAUAUGGAGCUUGGGUUGUACCAUCAUUGAGAUGUUCACUGGAAAACCUCCUUGGAGUGAAUUAACACUACUUGAAGUUAUGCAGAAGCUUCUGAACAGCAUCCCGGAUAUUCCUGAUACAUUAUCUGCAGAAGGAAAGGACUUCCUCGAAUUGUGCUUUAGGAGGGACCCUGCCAAGAGACCAUCGGCUGUUCAGCUACUUGAACAUUCUUUUGUACUUGAAGAAGACACACGAAAAAUAAAGGUAGAAGAUGGGUCGAAGACAACGAUGCAAUUGGAAACGCAAGUUGGAAGUUUUGUCGUCUGAAACCAACUCCGUUAUUAAUAGCUUCUUACAAGACAUCCCAAGCAUUAUUACUAUUGAGGAAAAUGAGCUGCUAAGUUCACCUCCGACGGAAGAAAACAUAAAAAGAUGUUCUCCUCUUGGCAAAUCCACGUAGAUCCCCAGAAGUGGUGGAAUGGAAUGGAUGUAAAAUUUUGGGUUUUUUUAAUCUUGUAGUUUAAUUAAUUUUUUGGUGAGAGUAUUAUAUAAGGCAAAUUCAAAUUAAAUAGCAAUUUGAAGAGAGGUGCUAAUCCCAAAUGGAACAGUUAAAUUGUUAAAUGCUAUGAGAUGAUUACGGAUUGAUAUAACAUUUUAAUAUGAUGCUUUAUGUUUCUAA